GUCCCGCACAGUCGAGCUGCGGCUGUGAUCACCGGCUGGCUUGUGGGCAGUAGCUGUUCGCCUGGAAGCAUUAUGGCUUUCGUGACAGCGAACUGGAACCCUCUCGGCGACGUGUUUUACAGGAAGUUCGACCUGUAUUCUGAAUGGAUGAUUAAGGAGGAUAUAAAUAACUGUUUAAUUGCAGCUGCACCAUAUGGUGGUCCGAUUGCGUUGAUCAAUGAAUCCCGCAAGGAAAGGUCUCCAAGUUUCCGUCCUGCUAUGGAAAUAUACUCCUCAUCGGGAAAUAGGAUAGUCUCCUUUCCAUGGAAGAGUGGUGUAGUGGUUCACAUUGGGUGGACGACGGAUGAGGACCUACUCUGUAUACAAGAUGAUGGGACUGUUCUAAUCCACAACAUUUUUGGCACUUUUAAGAGACACUUUAGCAUGGGUAAUGAGGUGUUACAGAAUCAAGUUAUGGAGGCCAAAGUUUUCCAUUCUGCUUAUGGUUCGGGAAUCGCUAUACUGACUGGGUCUUUUCGUUUCACACUUGCCACAAAUAUAAAUGACCUCAAACUCCGACGACUUCCUGAAGUUCCAGGAUUAAAAUGCCCACCAUCAUGCUGGGCUGUUUUGAUGGAAGAUCGACAGACUAAAAUUAUUCUGGCCAAUGGAAAGGAUUUGUAUGUCUUAGAUAAUGGAUCCUGGCAAUCUGUGAGUCCUCCUGGUCUUGGGCCUCAAGUAUCUGGAUUUACAAAGAUUGCGAUUUCAUUCAAUUAUAAACGGCUUGCUCUGUUCACAGACACUGGCAGCAUUUGGAUGGGUUCUUCUUCUUUGAGGGACAUGUUGUGUGUGAUUGACACAAAUUUCCAAACGCCACCGAAGCAGUUUGUUUGGUGUAACAGACCAAAAAGCACGAAUCCUGCUGUUGUUGGUGUGUGGGAUAAAUUACUUCUCAUAGCUGGAAGUUCAAAGGAGACCAUCAAAUUUUACCUAGAUGAAGACGUUCAUUUAGUACCUGAGAUAGAUGGGGUUCGUAUUAUCAGCUCUAACAGUCAUGAGUUUCUACAUGAGGUUCCACCUGCUUGCCAAGAUAUUUUCAAAAUUGCUUCAAUGGCACCUGGUGCACUUCUACUGGAAGCUCAUAAAGAAUAUGAGAAAGAGAGCCAGAAAGCUGAUGAAUACUUACGAGAGAUAAAGGAACAAAACCUCUUGUCUGAGGCUGUACAGCAAUGUAUUGAGGCAGCAGGCAAUGAGUAUAAACCUGAGAUGCAGAAAGCUUUGCUAAGGGCAGCCUCUUUUGGUAAAUGUUUCAUCAGCAACUUUCCUCCGGAUACAUUUGUGAAGAUGGCUCGAGAUCUACGGGUGUUGAACGCCAUUCGUGAUUACACAGUUGGCAUUCCUCUCAGUUAUCCCCAAUAUAAGCAGCUAACUAUUGAAGUCCUAAUUGACAGAUUAAUUUUACGUAAGCUGUAUCCUCUUGCAAUAAAAAUUUGUGAGUAUAUGAAAAUAUCAGAAUUACAAGGAGCAAGUCGGAUUUUGGCUCACUGGGCUUGUUAUAAGGUUCAACAGAAGGAAGAACCUGAUGAUAGUAUUGCUCGUGCAAUCAACCACAGACUUGGGGACACCCCUGGCAUUUCUUAUUCCGAAAUUGCUGCUAAAGCUUAUGAUUGUGGCAGGACAGAGCUAGCAAUAAAACUUCUAGAGUAUGAGCCAAGAUCUGGUGAGCAAGUACCCUUGCUGUUGAAGAUGAAAAGAAGUCAGCUGGCACUACUUAAAGCAAUAGAAAGUGGAGACACUGAUUUAGUGUACACUGUUGUGAUGCAUCUAAAAAGUGAGAUGAACAGAGGAGAUUUUUUUAUGACUCUACAGAAUCAGCCUGUUGCAUUGAGUCUUUAUUGCCAGUUCUGUAAGCACCAGGAGCCAGAAACCCUCAAGGAUCUGUUCAAUCAGGAUGACAACCAUCAAGAACUUGGCAACUUCUAUGUGCGUUCCAGUUAUUGCAAUGAAUCGACGAUUGAGGCACGCAUUGCCACUUUGCAGAGUGCUGUGGAUGAAUACAAUAAAGCUAAGAAUGAAUUUGCUGCCAAGAUCACAGAAGACCAAAUUAAAUUACUGCGAUAUCAGUAUCGUUUGCAGAAGGAGACUGGUAAAUCGUACCUGGAUUUGUCGUUACACGACACUGUUUCCAGACUGUUACUGGAAAGCAAGCUCAAACAAGCUGAACAGCUUUACAAAGACUUUAAAAUUCCUGACAAAAGGUUUUGGUGGCUGAAGAUUGCUGCAUUGGCAGAGAAAGAAGACUGGGAGGAACUUGAAAAAUUUUCCAGAAGCAAGAAGUCCCCAAUAGGUUACAUGCCAUUUGUAGAAAUCUGUGUCAAGCAUCACAACAAAUAUGAAGCUAAGAAGUAUGUAGUGAAAGUCAGCCCAGAGCAGAAAGUGAAAGGAUAUAUAAUGAUUGGAGAUCUAGACCAAGCUGUGGAAGUUGCAGCAGAACGCAAAAAUGAAAGCGAGUUGAACAAUAUUCUUUCCAAGUGUGUAUCAGCUACUGAUCAGUCAAUUGUGGAAAAAAUUAACCGAGCAAAAGCACAGCUAUUAAAGAAGUAAAAUACUUCUCAGAGAUGACAAGCGAUCAAUUAAGUAUUAGUUCCCUGUCUUCAGAAUAUGUAUGUUUGUAAAUAUGUUUAUAGUUAGUUUACCAUGAAUUACAAAAAAAAGAUGAAAAGUUAUACAGUUUGUUACCAGAAAAAACUGCAGUAGCCUAGUUUAACUAUUUGUUGACAUGGAAGUGUACUUCAUUCAAUAUCUUAAAUGCUACAUCUCAUAUGAUUAAAUAUUACUUAAGUCUAAUGCCUCAGUAUAUACACUAUGUAAAUUAUUUGGUGUGGCAUUACUGUACAUCCAUCCCAAAACAAAAUUGAUAAGAUUAAAUGCUAAGUUAAAUUUACUU